AGUAAACAAAAGUAUUUACAUGUGCUGGUGUUACGGGUAUCAAGAUGUAACACCGUAAAUUUUUCUGUACGGAUAAUAAGAAAAAACAAUAAUUAAAAAUUUUAAUAAAGAAAGAAAAAUUGAUAUGUGAAUGAUGUGGGGGUUUAUGAUUAAAUUAGUAUUUUUUAUUGUUUUUUUUGUUUCAUGCGUGAAUGUUAGAGCAUCUCAGCAAAAUAGAACAUCUCAUCAUGUGCGACGAUUGAGCAGCGACAAUAGCUUUUUCAAGAACCAAAAGCAAUUGGCGUAUCGGUCCUUCCAACCGGUCUCGAUUAAAUAUCACAAGGCCUCAUACCCUAAAGCUAAUGAUAGGCCAGACUACGACAUAACAUCUUACGAUGCGGAGUACGGCGGUGUGGUUUCAAACUUUACAUCCUCCAUCUACGAUGACAAUCCACCGUUGUAUCCGAAUCCCGAAUUCAUGACGAAAACUAAUCAAGUAAAUAAGGUGCAGAUGGAAAAUAAAAUACCGGAGCCGGAAGUUGAUUUACCUGAUGACUCUCUGGCAGAUGCAGAUCUCAAAGGGCAUAACAUCAUUGAUAGUGUGACAUACGUAUACGGAUUCAAUAGUUGCCACGGAAUGAGAAAUGAAUGGAUGAUAUUGAUCUUCAUCACAAGCGGCAUCGCGGUAAUCCUUCUCGUAGCUACUGUUAUAUGGUUGAUGUGGAGCGAGUACACGGCUGAGUUCCGAAAGAAUAGCAAACUGUAUCCAAUCAACAUCAAUUUGUGUUGCUGUCUCGCUGCUUGCACCCUCAUUUACAUACAAGCUGUGAUGGGCAUGUCUUCUCCAUCACAAUGUGAAAGAAUUGCACUUCUUCUACAUUAUACUCACGUAUCAUGUGCAAUGUGGAUCGUGAUAUUAGCAGCAGCUGUUUCUGAAUACUCAAUUUGCGAUACUCUCAUACCCUUGAAGUACAAUUAUCUGUUGGCUUAUGGAGUACCGGCAAUUGUAGUAAUGUUCAACUAUGCAUUGUCUAUGGAACAAUACGAAAUAAAACAUUACUGCUGGAUGUCAAUUGAAAAAGGAAUGGUUAUGGGUUUCAUGGUGCCAGCUAUGAUACUGAUUAUCAUUAACACAGGAAUUAUUAUACUUGGCCUCCAAAGUGUUAAUAGGAAACAAGCCGAAAUGCUAACAGCGAAAAUACAGGAAUUAUUAGAUCACCACGUCGCAAAAUGGCCUAAAAACGAAUCCGGCGAGGAUAACAAAAAUGGCAGUGUUGAUACUCUUGAUAUGUAUUCACCAGAAACAAUUAGGAAGAAUACUGAUAGUUCUGAUACUCUGGAUUAUGACGAGGACGGAAAUGGCGAUGCGAACAGCGACGGUGUAAAUGAGGCACAUCAUGCCAAAGCGAUGGAAGAUAGGGGCUUACUGAACAUGCUAUACGUGGAGAAUCUACCUGUGAAAUGGAGCUGGAACACAGAAGGGAACGAGCUGAAGAAUUAUCUGAACCUCUGUCUCAUCAUGGAGCCAUUCUUCGCCAUAAAUUGGGUGAUGGGUGUGGUGGCCAUAGAGAACGCGGCUCAUUGGUCCACACCAACUAUAUACCUGAUACUUGUUGUUGCUAUGUACGUAUACCUUACGGCGACAAUCUGCACCACGCUGCCGAUCGUUCGGAACAAGAACAACACGCCGUGCUGCGAGGAGGUGGUCACCGAACCCACCGUCAUCAGGACCAGGACUACAGACAGUAUACCACUACUGGACCCCGCUAUUCAACAGCCCAACGUGACUCAGGCACCGGCAGACACCAUAAGCACUAUAAGCAUUUAAAUUGGAAAUCUAAUUAUAAUUGGAUUGAAAAUUACAGUCGAUUCUCGAGUGAAUCGACUAUUUCGUAAUCUUAGCUAAUUCGUGAAUAUACGAAUCGAUGUUCUAAAUUCGAAAUACCAUAAAUGGUAUUUUUGGUGUUAUUCUAAACGUGAACUAGCUAAGUAACAUCACUACCAAUGAGCAAGUUAUCACCACGGUCAAUCUA